GUGCAUUUACGCGAGUCGCGCGGUAGUGUGCGUGCGACGAAAUUGACAUGCGAAGGAUGAGUGCGAACGGAGCCUCGCUGUCAUUUACUUGUCAUUCAGUGACGAGUUUCUGCUGAACGAGCGAAUCUCCAUCGGCCGCAGCCUCUGAAGUACGGUACUGUCGGAAGAAAAAGAGAAAAGAGACACGGGUACUUAACGCUCGGUUGGCAAGCCUCGGCGACAAAGUGAAAAAGCCGAAGGCGAACGGACGAACACGGUCGCGGUGCGAGAGCGGUGGCGCGGGGUCCCAGUGAGUCGCGCACAGCCCUGGUUUUCUGGAAAUCGUCAGCGGUCCGGGGCCAUUAAACGCGUUAUAUGUGUCUUGCAAUUUGAUCCCGCGGCGCUCGACGCGGUGCGCACCGAUCGGAGAGUAAUUUACGCGAAUUCCUGGGCAUCCGGGUCUCCGCGCGGCCGGACGGACCUCCUGGGCUCUUUCUCACGCCCGAUGCCACCGUCGUCCCGCCGUUGUCGUUGUCCCGCAGCAUCCGACACCUCACUGCACCGAACGUCCUCGACGGACACCAGGAAGAUAUCACACGGUGUGGCCGCACAGCAUCGUCUCGUCGAUUCUUCGAAUAAAUGAAUGCAAGCUUCUGAGGGGUAAUGCAGGGCAUGAUGCCAGUUAAGACAAAGUCUCGUGUUCCUGAAAACAUGGGGGUCACAGGUGGACUGGUAGAUGCCCGUGCUAAGCAAGUUCUAAGAGAAGCUGUGGACGCAGUUGUCAACAGUUUUGCGAAACAUUCGCAAGGCUAUGGCAGAGUGAAUGUUGUGGAAGCGCUACAAGAGUUUUGGCAGAUGAAACAGAGCAGAGGAGCAGAAUUGAGAAAUGGGGCAUUAGUCAUCUAUGAGUCUGUUCCUGGUGCUAGUCCACCUUACGUUUGUUAUGUAACGCUUCCCGGAGGAUCAUGCUUUGGAAGCUUUCAAAAUUGCCCCACUAAGGCGGAAGCGCGCAGAUCGGCAGCAAAAAUUGCACUGAUGAAUUCUGUAUUCAACGAACACCCGUCAAGAAAAAUUACCGAUGAUUUCAUUGAAAAAGCCGUCGCGGAGGCUAGAGCGAGUUUUGCGAAACCAUCGGCGACGUCGAACGGAGUCGGUAGCCAAGCGCAAGUAAAUAAAGGCAGCGGCGACGAGAAGGAAGAUCCAAACACAGGAAUAGGCGCGUUUCGUUUUAUGUUGGAGUGCAAUCGCGGAAGAACGAUGUUGGAAUUCCAAGAGUUGAUGACGGUCUUCCAAUUACUUCAUUGGAAUGGCUCUUUAAAGGCUAUGAGAGAGAGGCAGUGCAGCAGGCAGGAAGUGGUCGCGCAUUACAGCCACCGCGCAUUAGACGAUGAUAUGCGUAGCCAAAUGGCGUUGGAUUGGGUGGCCAGGGAGCACGAGAGUGGCGGCGGAGUCGUGGCGAUGGAAUUGGCUUUAGCUGAGCGCGAACUCGAGACUGCGCGAUUAGCAGGCCGGGAGCUUAGAUUUCCAAAGGAGAAGAAAGACAUACUAAUGCUCGCGCACGCGCAGGUCUGUCCGCAGUAAGAUCUAACGUGAUUGUCGCAACAAACAACGCAUGAGACUGGUUUUUUUGAGGGAUGAUAAUUUUUCAAGGAGACUAUUUCCCCUUGAAUAUCAUGAAGAUAAAUUUUUAUGAGCGAAUCCACUUAAUUCUAGUUAAGGCUCAGCUUUAUGACAUAAUCUAUUCCGUCCUUUUAUACAUACAUAUAUAUAUAUAU